ACAUAUUCAAGCAGGAUUUCUCGUCUCUCCACCCCCCGCCACAGGGUCCCAGGCUUCUUAUAGUCUCGGAUCCCUUCUUCCUUACUUGGCAUCCCACUUGGCCCAUAUGUGUGCCUGACAAUGUCAUCUCAAACCUCGCCCAAUGUUCCUGGCCAGCCCGGCACGCGAAAGGUUGCCAUUCCUCGUCUCCAACGACCCAGUCAGACAGCCGCUGUGUCCAGAGACCGGCGGAGAGUGCCAAGAGCCUGUACUGCCUGCCGGAGCCACAAGAUCAGGUGCUCUGGCGACACCCCACGCUGCAAGCACUGUGAGGUUUCUGACCGAGAAUGUAUCUACAUUCUUCCACGACGGGACAGAUUGAAGAUCGUUACGGACCGCUGCGUCCAGAUGGCGGGUAUGUUGAAAGAGGUCAAGAACCGAGCCGGCGACGAGGACGGCAGGAUCGGCGAUUUGCUUGAUGCAAUCGAGGAGGAUAUUUCCGAACUUCGCAACACUUCAGCGCCUUCCAACCCCGAUGUCGACACUGAUGAUGCCAAGGCGCCAAUGGGGCCUGCCUCAGGCGAGUCUCUCGAUGCCCUCGACGCCGAAUCCCACGAUCUCCUCGAGGAGGACCUUACUCGCGAUGAGCAGGCCAGGGCGACUGGAUUCGUCGGGAAAGCGUCUGAAGUCCAGUGGUUCCGAAGCAUCAAGCUCCAGCUCGAACGAACUGACGACGACCUGAUCAGGCCUGCCACGUCGCCGCUUAGUCCAAGCAUGAGGUCGAAGAGACGUUCCUCAUAUAGCCAUGGAAGCACUGAGCAAGUCAGCUCGUUCAACUUCUACCUUGACAGCAACAGCAUCGACCCAGACUUCUUCGUGGACGCGUCUGAGCUGCCACCACCAGACACCGCCGAGCAUCUCCUCAGCUGUUACAUGGCAACGGUGCACAAUUCGUUCCCCAUUCUUCCAAGGAAGGCGUUCGAGAACCAGUUUCGGGAAUAUUUCAGCGCGGUGAGGACGGGUAGCGCCUCCCGUCUUGGCCUAAAGUGGCAGGCUAUAUUAAACUUGGUAUUUGCCAUUGGUGCCAAAUACUCACAUCUUGUCAAAUCCAGCUGGCAGACCGACGAGCGCGACCACCUCAUAUAUCAGUCCCGUGCACGGGCUUAUGGACUCAGCGGGGUCACCCUCAGCAGUCAUCCAGACGUGCCGAAGAUCCAGGUUUUGGGCUUGCUCUCCUUCUAUUACCUCUCGGUAGGGCAAAUCAGCCGCGCCUGGAUGAUGAUUGGUUUGGCUCUCCGCUUCGCAUACGCCCUCGGCCUACAUGUUCGUAACGAGGACCCCUCCGCCUCACCAAUGAAGAAGGAGACGUUGGUGCGAAUAUGGUGGAGCCUAUUCUCACUCGAGCGCCUCCUAAGUGCCAUCACCGGUCGCCCUAGCAUCAUUGUCGACUCGAACUGCUCCGUUCCUUUACCCCUUGCUCAUCCCGAAGAUCAGCACAUGGACGAUAUCGAGGCCAUAGACCGGCCAAGGAAUCUCCAGCAGACAACACCGAGUCCCACGAUUCCAAACACGCCAACGAGUACGUCCCUGGACGAAUCGAAAACGCCAUUAGGAUUCGGGGUCAUGUUGGCCAAUACAGGGUCAUACUUCAAGGCCUUGGUUCAGAUGGGAAUCAUCACCCAGGAUGUGAUCUCAACCUUGUAUUCCGCAGGGACCAUGAUCCGAACCCCAGAAGAGAUCCAGCAAUCGACCAUCGAGCUCGGCCAGAGGAUUGAUGAGUGGAUUCUCUCUCUCCCGCCCGAGUUCAAUUUCCAGACGAAGUGGCCAGAUUCAGACAGCCAGUCACAGAAUUUCAAUCGAGAACGAAUGCUCUUAGGAUGGCACUUUUUUAGUGCCAGAAUCCUCCUCACACGUCCAUCGCUCGGGGGCCUUGGACAUGGCAUGAAAGACCCCAAUGUUCCCGACAGCUUCACUCGACGCAUGGCUAGCACAUGUAUUGACGCAGCCAGAGCGACGGUCGAUUUGCUUCCGGACCAGCCAAACCCACUCUUCCUCUACGAGAACGGGCCGUGGUGGUGUAUCGUCCACAACAUUAUGCAAGCGUUAUCAGUUUUUCUCCUCGGUCUUUCAUACAGCACGCCAGCUUCGUCAGAUAACCCCGGUCUACUGUCCUACGCUAAGAAGCUCGUCCGAUGGCUGCGAGUGAUGCAGGAUCCACUCGCAGAGCGCGCGUCUCAAAUGGCCUCUAGCAUGCUUGAAGCUGUCGCGGCCCGGCUCUCCUUGGACUUGUCCGAUCCAUGGGCUGGCGAGAACAUGUAUCCCAACCUUCGCAAUCAGGCCACAUUCGGGGCGGCGGUGCCAGCUACUCUGCGGUCGAACAUGCAAAUCCCAUUCAUUGGUCCUGUCAACAUGUCGGGCGCGGGCAGUUCGUCGAUCUUCGCACUCUUCGAUUGCUCGUCGGAAGGUCGCAACGGCCCCAUUUUUGAAAACCCGUUCUUUGGCAGGCCGAACUGAGUCGUCGAGACGAGGAUAGGACCGUACACGGUGGGCAGACGCUAGACAAGCGAUACCCUUUAGUGCAGUCUGC